UUUAAAUGUUGUGGGGUGGUAUACUUCACAGACUGGCUGGAAAUGACAGAGAUGGAUUGGCCUCCUGACUCCUGUUGUGUCAGGGAGUUUCCAGGAUGUUCGAAGCAAGCUCAUCAAGAGGAUCUCAGUGACCUUUAUCAGGAGGGCUGCGGUAAAAAAAUGUACACGUUUCUGAGGGGAACGAAGCAAUUGCAAGUGCUGCGAUUUCUGGGGAUCUCCAUUGGAGUAACGCAGAUUCUGGCCAUGAUCCUCACUAUUACCUUGCUGUGGGCUCUGUACUAUGACAGGCGGGAUCCGGGGGCCGACCAGAUCAUGUCCCUGAAGAGCGACACCGCACAGCACCUCUCCUGUCAUUCGGUGGAGCUGCUGAAACCAAGCCUGACGCGGAUCUUUGAGCAUGCAUCCAUGGCAAACAGCUUCAAUACACACUUCGAAAUGGAAGAGCUAUAAGUGAUG